AUGACUGAUUUGGCAUCAGGAUUGUUAAUACAGCUCAAAGAUUACGCCACUUGCAACGAUGAUCUCGCCGUUCACAUUCGAAGAACUGUACUAGAACCAUUCCAAGUGGAUGUAUCACGACCUGACAGCAUACGUAAACCACCACCAACACCUGCUCGCUUCAAGCAGAUGGCCACUCAAUUAGCGCCUGUGGCAAUGCGCAUCGUCAAUCAAAACAUUGAAGCGCUUAUCGGCCUCAAGAGCGCAAAAACCUCCAACUACACAGUGGCAGUGAAUUGCCUCGUUGACACAUCCUUCUAUGCUCUAUCCGCACUACGACACAUGAACACAUUCACUGCUCUGAAGCCCUUGGACAUUGAGAAAACAACCUCAAAUCUAAUAGGCAAAAUGGUGGAUUUGGGAGAGUAUAACCGAGCUCUAGAUGAACUGCUCAAGUUUCGCUUAGUACUAGCCAGCGUAGCCAAAGUCGAAUUAACCAGCGGUGCAUCCAAGGCAUCAACAGGCAAAUCAUCCUCAACAGCAACAACAACGCAGCCCAUGAAAGGCGUCCUGACAGAAUCAUUCAACAAACAGCCUUCAUCCAGCACUCGAGCCGCUACUACAGCAGCAUCUGAACCUAUCAUCACAAAUCAAUGGGAGGACGAUAUCCUGAACAAGUAUGCAGAUCUGUUCCAAUUCCCUAUCAAACCCAACAUCAAUGAUCGCACCAUGAUCCUGCUGAUUCUGGCAUAUCAAAUGAACGCCAUUCGAUGUUGGUGCGAGUUACAGGACGGCGCAUUAGCCAAGUACAUACCUUACUUUAUGGAGAAGUCUGGCAACUUCUUUGACUGGUGCGUGCAGCUACUCAAUGUCGAUGCUACAACAGCCAAAAAGCAAUUGGAUACGCUACAGAGACUACUUUACAAGGUUGCCAACAAGUUUCCAUUGACAGAGGAGGCUGCCCUUCAUUCACACAGCAUUCAAAACAUUGCAUUGAAGGCACUGGCUACAUCGGGAUCUGUGCCCUUGAAGUUAGUGUUGGACCGCUUGGUGCGAAUUGGCAUUACCUACGAGAAAUCAACAAAGCAGACCUCCUACAGUCAUCUUGAAAAAUGCUGCAACGGCUUUUUGGAACAAUUUCAACCCAAUGUUAACAAUUUAGCAGAGAUGGAUUCGUAUUUCGUGCUAUGUGAAUACGCUGCUUACGUAUCUCGAAAGGCCAAGAGCUACAAGGGUGCCUUCUACGCCUACAAGUACAUGAUCCGACCACUGCGCGACAUUAUAGAGAGCAAAUCAUCGUGUAGCUUUUACUAUGCUGCUUAUGCUGCCAAUGCAAAGCUAGCGCUAGGAUCAGUCCAGAUGGAUAAAAUGGUCCUCAAUGACACAUUUGCCGAUAUCACUACCACACUGAACGAGUCGAUUGCAUGCCUUGGAUUAAUCACCACCUCAACAGAUCAGCCUCAAGACCAACAUCUGGAGCAGGCGCUGUACAAUCUCUGCAAAAGCAUUGAAGGAUUCCGUCUCAGCUGCAAACGUCUAUUCGAACAUAUUUCUGACAAGACAAAGCAAGCCUUGAUUCAACGCAAAAACGAGCCCUUCAAGACACCACCUCGUCAAGAAGACCUCGUUACACCCAGUGAUUUUGGCCAAUGGAACUCAAUUGUAGCUCACAUCAAGAACGCACUUCAGCAAUGCAGCGAAACACUGAGCACAACGAUUUGCCUUGCCAAAGCAGCGUCUGAUGCCAAACGAAGCACCACACAGGAGGAUAUCAUGAUCUCCUAUAUCGACAUUAUGGUCUUGCUAGCACGCAUGCAAUUCAACAUCAAGGACCAAGACAGCUAUGCUCAAGCGUACGACUACCUCACCAACGCAGAAGAGAUGUGUGCUGAUAAAAAGUAUACGUCUGGCUAUCGCUGGCUAUCAGGGUCUUACUACAAUCUGGGUACUGCCAUGAUCAAGACAGAGAUGUACACAGAAGCCGUCUUUCCUAUACGUAAAGCAAGUUCGCUGCUGGAAAAGGACAGCGAAAGAGCCAAUACAAACGAAGGACGAUUGCAGCUGUGCAAACGAUAUGAAGUGCUGGGCAUUUGCUGUCAGAAAACAAAGCGCUUUGAAGAUGCCAUUUCAGCGUUUCGACUUGCACUAAAGCGUAUCCCAAUGUCUGAAAUAGAAAAGUUUGUCAGCAAAGCAGAUACAACAGCCGUGUCAACUGUGAUGGAGCAAGACACGCUGAUACCCAAACUGAUAGAUCGGUUUCUGAGAGCCUCUGUGAUUGAUCCGGACCAAGAGAGCAUCCACUUUGCUAGCGAACACAUCAACUUGUCCACCAUCAAUUCGAUUCAAAAGUGCUUUAUUUACGAGUGUGAGCUCAAGGUGUGGCAUGCGCUCUCUGUCAAGAUGAAGCUGUACAAGUAUGAGUUGUUUAUCAUGGAAAGACUGCUGCAAGUGUACGACGCUGAGAAUUUCCCUCUUCGCAGAGCAAGAGUGCUGUUGAGCCAAGUCAAGAUUGAGAGAAACAAGCCCAGUGAUAAAGAUCAAUGCACAAGAGCAGCACUAGCCUGCGCCAAAGAAGCCAGUAGUCUGCUCAAGGUACAGGACUAUGCCCAGGAUACCAACUUACUGAACUACCGUCGCCACUACCUCGCACUCUCCAAUUCAUGGAUGGCCCUCUGUAGUCGAGAACUAAAGGAGCCGCCGUCUAGCCACACAUUCACAUCCACAUUGCAACAAUGGGGUAUCUUGCUCAAGAAGAUCACGCCCAUCUACUACUCGGGCGACUCGUCGAAACUGGACAUCAAACAGGUGUAUGAUGAAAUUGAUGAUUUGGACCAAUUUUACGAUCAUAUGCGCAUGCUAGCAGACUUGUUCAGCAUCACGGGAGAGCGUAUUCACCAAAUUUGUGCGCUGCGAAUGCUGCUAAAACUAAACAACGGGCUACGAGACACUCAAGUGGAUCAUAUUUCAGAGUCUAUCGUGCUCAGUGCCACCAUUGGCAAGUUGUACUGUGAUCUGGGGUACACAGGCAAAGCAGCCAUCGAAUUUAUGCACGCUAAAAAGGCAGUGUCAAGCAAGCCAUGUAACAACCAUGCCGAGCUAGUGUAUCUUGUCAAUUAUGCGUAUUAUCUGGCGUGCAUUGGCGAUUUCGAUACAAGCAUGGAAGUCUUUGCAUCCGCCAAGUUUGUAUGGCAGAAUACGCCUGCUGUGGAUCAACGAGAUCCUCUCACUACAGUCAAAACAUACACGACGCGCUGCAUGCUUCUAGCAGACGUUUACUCGACACUCUCGCUGAUACAAGCCAACACAGAGGACAUUGACUCGGCCAUUGACAGUGCCACAGCCUCCCUUCAACUCCUCAACAAGUGCAUCCAAAUCGUACAGAAAUCACAAGAGAAAGAGCAACAGAAGCAAAAGACAGAGCUGGAAGAUCCCUUCAAUUCACCUCCACCCGAACAACAGGAAGCCCGCAAGAUUGUUUUUCGUGAAGCUCAAUGGACCAUGGCGCAAAAGAUUAGCAGCAGCUUACACACACUGGCUCAAUUACUGGUCAAAAAGGGUUCUCCCAACGAAGCCAAGUACUUUGUCAAACAAGCACCCUUGUUGGCUGAAAAGGUGAAUUCGUCUGCCAUGUUGUUUGAUGCUCAUUUGGAAGCUAGUGCGUUUUACUUGAGAUGUGGGGAUAGAGAAAAGUCGCAGGAUGAGAUGGAGAUUGCCGUGCGUUACAAGGAGCCUGUGGGUGGUCUAGCUCAAGUGAAAUACAAAGUGGCUUUGGCAAACCUGGCCGUGGCCAAUGCCUUGUUUGAAAUAGCAGUGCAAUCUUACGACGAAGCCAAUGAGCACCUGCUGCAGCUGUCUGACAAACAAGAGAUUGCUGCUUUGGAGAGGUUGAUUGAUGCCAACCAAGAGCGUGGUACCAGAGAUAAAGUGGCCUUUGCUGACGAGGCGAAUGAUGCCGAUAUGUAUGAGUGUUACCCACUUCAGCAAUCCAUCAUCUCGUAUGAAAUCUGCAAAGCUGUGGCACUGGCUGACGAAGGCAACAUCCAAGACGCAUUGGCACUGCUGGAUUCAUUUGAUGUGACAACACUGAGCGCCUCAAACGAAAUUGAACUGAUCGCUACCGUAGGCCAUUUACGACUACGUAUGAUACGUCAAGACUGUACCAUGCGUCCUGAAGAAAGACUCCUUUUUAAUGAAGCUGUCGUGUCCCCCGCAAUGAAAACACAGGUAUCCCGUGGUAGUUUGAUAAAGAAGCCUACAAUGGACCAUGAACUUCGUGCCAUGCGAGAUGCCUUGGGUCAGUCAAUGAACCACAUGAAUGAAGCGUACCGCAACGGCUGGAUCCGAGAGCGCCCAAUCACCAUGGAGCAACUUUGCAGAGAAACAAGCUAUGCAACCCUAUUGAACCAGCAACUGUCCAUCAACAACCGCAUGACAACCAGUGACAACUCGUUGCAAAGUACCUACUACAUGUCUAUGGCCCAUGGCAUUAAUAUGCGCCGUGAAAUGCAGUACUGUCUUGGUAUCAAGCUCAACCAGACUUUUGCUGGACAUGCUCCCAGUGACAAGGAAUGGCCGCCCAUGAAUACAAAAGAAAAGCAAACUUAUUAUGAUCGACUUGCUAGAAUGUCUCGUAAUCCCGGUUGGCUUCAAGGACAUCUCAAAACACUGCAAGAUCUCUAUCAGGAGGAAUCCGAGCUGGACGACACUUCAUUUCAAGCCAAAUUUGUUGAUAUCUUGCCCAGUCAUUGGACUGUCUGUUCGCUCAGUUUAGAUGUUGUUCAUGGUGACCUGUAUGCUGUUCAAUUGAAAGCAAGAGAGCCGCCGUUUGCCGUCAAGUUACCCUUGGGUCGUGCCAGUCAACGUCCUGCUAAUGAAUCGGCAGCUUCCUAUGAUACGGUGCAGUACGCUGAUGCUGUAAAAGAACUGAGGGCCAUCAUCCAAGGCAGUGAUGAGACCAUUGCCGAUAGCGCCAAUUGCAAUCAUGCAGGUGAAAUCGAAGCCUGGUGGAGCAAGCGUAAAAAUCUCGAUGCCAGGUUAAAGAAGCUAUUGGACACUAUGGAGAGUCAAUGGUUCAGUGGAUUUAAAGGUCUUUUGACUGGGCGCUGUCAAGAGUACAGGGAGGAGCUAGUGAAAUUCCAAAAGGCCAUGAACGAGAUUACUUUCAAGACAGUCAAUAGUGUCACUGCAACCAAGCUCAAGGUGGAAUUAAGCUUGGCCUUCUGUCGUGUUGUCGUGCGUCUGGGUCGACAUCCUGCUCAACGCGAUUUAGAAGAUGUUUCUUACUUUGCUCUGUCGUGCUACGAAGCCCAGAAUAUCCAGAUUGACUAUACCAAGAUUGAUUUCAAAAAGCUGACUGAACACAUUCGACUUUUGAUCACUCGCUAUCAUGAAAGAUCCGUCAUGGCAGGCGUCGACUCGACCAAAAAUAUACCCAACGACCACGUUAUCUUGAUUCUGGACAAGCAUUUGCAAAUGUUCCCGCUGGAAUCCAUGCCUGUGCUUCGCCCACAGUCUGCCUCUCGAUUGCCAUGUCUCUCUUUUCUCAGAGACCGCAUUCUGUACACACAAUUCCACAAUUCAAAAGAAGCGUAUGAUGAUUUCGGCCUGACAGCAACCAACGAAUGGACAGAUCUCACAGUCUCCAAGCGCAGUGCCUUUUAUGUGCUGAAUCCUGGAGGCGACUUGAAAGACACGCAAAAGGAAUUCGAACCCAUCUUCAAAGACGUGCCUGAAUGGGAUGGUAUCAUCGAGUCCAUGCCACUGGAAAUGCAAUGCAAAGACGCUUUACAAUCAAGGGAUAUUUACAUGUAUUUUGGUCAUAGUGCUGGACAGGCUUUCAUGCGAGGUACCACAGUGAGACAAUUGCCAAACUGUGCUGUUUCUCUCUUGAUGGGUUGUAGUAGUGGUAUCAUGGAAGCGCAUGGUGAAUUUGAUCUCAAUGGCUACGUGCUCAACUAUUUACUUGCUGGAAGUCCUGCUGUUGUGGCGAACCUGUGGGAUGUAACGGAUAGAAGCAUUGAUAAGCUGACCAAAUACAUGUUACAUUCGUGGGGAAUGCUCAAAAAGAAAUCAAGUGAAACACCCAAAUCACUCGUGCAAGCAGUCAGUGAGUCCAGAAAUCAGUGCAAACUAGGCUAUUUAAUAGGUGCUGCUCCCGUUGUUUAUGGCAUUCCUGUCUAUUUGAAGAAUACUCAAUAA